CUCCACCUCUACUCAUCAAGAAUUAGCAGUUCUAGUAUUCAUAUAUAGUAGUCCUUGAUCAUAAGCAAUGGCCUUUGCUCCUGCUGCUUUAUUGAUCUUCUCAGUACUCUUCUUUACUACAAGUUUGACAUAUGCCCGACCUGAUGCUCCUAACUAUGACAAGCCGGACGGGCCAUUGAGUUACAAUUUCUACGACAAAUCUUGUCCUAACUUGGGCAUGAUUGUCAGAUGGGGUGUUUGGGCUGCACUCAAGAACGACACCAGGAUGGCUGCUUCCCUUCUCCGGCUGCACUUCCAUGAUUGUUUUGUAGAUGGAUGUGAAGGUUCUGUGCUUCUUGACGACACUAAGGAUUUCAAGGGAGAGAAGAAUGCUCUGCCUAACCGGAAUUCAGCCAGAGGAUAUGACGUUAUUGACAGCAUAAAGGCAGAUGUAGAAAAAUAUUGCCCGUCAACUGUGUCAUGUGUCGACAUAUUAGCUCUUGCUGCAAGAGAAGCUGUGGUUAUGUCAGGAGGCCCAUUUUGGCCUGUUUUACUAGGGAGGUUGGAUGGGCUAAGUGCAAGUGAGAAAUCAGCAAAUGAGCAGUUGCCAUCUCCAUUUGAGCCUCUGGACAAUAUCACUGCCAAAUUUGUGUCAAAGGGCCUUGAUGUCAAGGACGUAGUGGUUCUAUCAGGUGCACAUACUAUAGGUUUUGCUCAAUGCUUUACUUUCAAGAGGAGGCUCUUCAACUACAAAGGCACCGGCAAGCCAGACCCUUCUCUCGACUCCUCAUUCCUCUCAAAUUUGCAAACCCUUUGUCCCAACGUAGACAAAUCAAACACCAAACUCACUGCACUAGACUCUCAGACCAUAAAUAGAUUCGACAACAUGUACUACAAGAACAUAGUUAACAACACCGGCCUUCUCGAAUCUGAUCAAGCCUUAAUCGGAGACCCCAAGACUGCUGCAAUGGUUAAGGAUUACAGUGCUGAUCCCUUUCUCUUUGCAAAAGACUUUGCUGCCUCAAUGGUGAAGCUUGGCAAACUGGGUUUGAUCACGGGACAAGAUGGACAAAUCAGAAAGAAAUGUAGUGUCGUGAACUAGUAAUUAUACCGUCCCGUCUAGGAACUAUAUAUUGCCAUGAUUGUUAUGUAUGAUCGAACGAUUUCAAUGUCUUAGACGACUAUGUCUUGGUACCGUGUUACAAAAAUUAAUUGUGACAGGACAUGCUUUAGUUUUGUAAAAACAAAAAAUAAUAAUGAUAAUAAUAAAAAUUGUAGUAUAUUUGUGUUGAAAACAUUCCAUAAAGUUUUGGUUAAUUUAAAAUGAAGGGAGGUAAGAG